AUGAAUGGUAUAAUCGAAUACGACCAAAAACUCAAAUCAUUACCAAAGGUUUUGUUGAUUCACCAAUCUUCACAGAGAAAAAAAUAUUGGAACAUAAUAUUCAUUUUCACGUCAAUUUAUUAUAUAGCAAUAACAAUAAUUGGUCUGCACUUAUGGCCACCGAAGACCAAAGACAUCAUUAUGAUUUUCGUAUAUUAUAUUCGAUUAGAGUUCUUCGUGAGUAUUUCAGUAAUGUUUUCCUCGUAUUUUUCCCUAUAUCAAUUGGAGUAUAGAUUCGAAAUGUUAAAUCAUUCGUGGAAAUACCUUCUACCCGGAUUUCUAACCAAUCUUGGGGAAUUGACACAUUCCAUAACAGAAAUGACGCUGGAUAAACUUCGGCUGCUACACGCUGAGCUAUCAGAUCUAUUAAGAAUAUUCAGUGAGGGUUACGGACAAAUACUAUUAGGAUACUUCGUAUUCACUUAUAUUGAUAUGCUACUUAGUUUAUAUUUUUCAAUUAAUGUUACUCCAAAAGUAGAAGUAUAUAAUUUCACCAAUUUAGUGAAAAAAUGUUUACCAUACAUUUUCCAAAUACAGAAUGUCAUACUAGUAUUAUCUAUCAUCAUUGCUGCAUCACGUGUCCAUGAAAAGAAACGGAAGAUGAUAUCACAUGUACGAUUAAUAAGGAUUUCAAAUUUAUCAGCCAACCUAAAAAUACAAUUGAAAAUGUUUGUGAAUCAAAUAUCAGUUCUUGAAUCAAGCGAAAUCACAGCUUUUGGAAUUUUCAGCAUAAAUUUAAAUCUUGUUAUAACAAUACUUGUAUUAUUGUUAACUGGUUUACUUACAAUAAUACAAAUGAAAGAACAUCCAAUUAUGUUAAAAAUAGACCGAAAUACAAAGAAUUUUUUGCGGAAUAUAAGUUACAUAACUAAUGACUAA